CAAGCCUUGGUUUGAUUCUAUCUCAAUCCAAAUAUGCACUAGACAUUCUAUCCAGAGCUCAAAUGGAGGGUUGCAACUCGAUCUCCACUCCUAUGGCACUUAAAGCACGUUCCUCACAUUCUAGCAAUGAUGCAUUUCAUGAUCCAACUCAUUAUAGGAGUAUUGUUUGGGCACUUCAAUACCUCACAUUUACUCGACCAGAUCUCUCAUUUGCAGUCAAUUAUGUUUGCCAGUUCAUGAAUUCUCCUACAAUUGGAAAUUACCAAACCGUCAAGCGGAUCUUAAGGUAUGUACAUGGGACUCUCAAUUAUGGCUUACAAAUUCUUAACCAAAGUUCCUUGGACUUGUAUGCCUUUUCAGAUGCUGAUUGGGCUAGGUGUUCUUUGACCCGCCAUUCCACCUCUGGUUAUUGUACCUUCUUGGGAAGCAACUGCAUUUCAUGGUGUGCAAAGAAACAACCUACAGUGGCUCGUUCGAGUGCCGAAGCAGAGUAUCGAUCUAUGGCUUCAACAACUGCUGAAAUCACUUGGCUUGCACACCUUCUUCGUGACAUUGGAGUGGCUCUUAACAAUGCCCCUAUUCUUCAUUGUGACAACUUAAGUGCAAUCUAUAUGACAGUCAAUCCAGUCUUUCAUAGCUGCACCAAACACGUUGAAAUUGAUUAUCAUUUUGUUAGAGAGAAAGUUGCUCUUGGUCACCUUAUUACUCGGUUUGUCAGUUCUACCUCACAGUUAGCUGACAUCUUUACAAAGCCAUUGACUCGAGACAGCUUUCAUCGACUCUGCAGCAAAUUGGGUCUUGUGUCUCUGCCACUGCCUAAUUUGAGGGGGAGUAAUACACCCCCAAUCUCCAGGAUUUGAGAAUAUGACGAUGGUUUAUUUUUCCCCAAUUGUUGAGGUAAAUAAAGCCAAGCCACUCCUCAGUGUUACAAAAUGAUAGAUUAGAGAGAGGUAAUAUGUGCUUGUAUCCAUUUUGCAAAUCCUAUUCUUAUGCUUUCACAUUAUUUUGAAAGGGGAUGAGUGGUUGUCCUUGGCAUUAUGGAAAUUCACAACCACCAAGGAGCUUGCUGCUUGCAAAAUGAUGUUCUUUGGCAAACCAACCAAUUUCAAUUUUAAAUUCAAUUACUGCAGGAGCUAAUGUUUUAUGUUCUUAAGAAUUGGGAAGAUUUUUGAAACAAGGAGUUGCUGAUGUUCAAAUGAGAUUUUUCUGUAAGUUGGAACUGGAAUGCGGAUGACCUCUGCUGAAUUAAGCAAGCUUGUAAUC